AUGAAUCUCACGAAACUUGCGGACAACCUACGAGCGAGUCUUGUUGAAACAACGCAAGACGAAACCUUUAAUUUCGUUCUCCAAAUCUAUUAUUUCAUUCCGAUCACAUACGUAACUCUUUUAUAUUUUCUCUAUGCACCAUACGGUAAAUUCCAAUCAGACUGGGUCAUUCCCAAUAUCCCGGGGAAGCCAGGAUGGGUGUUUAUGGAAAUAUGGUCACCACUCAUCUUCCUUUACUAUUUCCUUGCUCCACCUUCAAAUCCAAACACUCCGGCACAAAUAAUUCUUGGGACGCUGUGGAUGGUACAUUAUGUAAACAGAGUGGUAAUCUACACGUAUAGAGCACCGGGAAUAUCACCUAUGAAUUUGAGCACUAUAUUAUGUGGGAUGAUGUUCAACGUUAUUAAUGGCUAUUCCAACGCACGUUUAUACAAGUACAUUAGUUGUCCAACAUACUUUGGCGAAACUGUAGAGUGGAUUGGAUUUGCCAUUGCGGCUUGGUAUAGUCCGCCGGCGAUCUUGUUCGCUUUCACCACGCCAUCUAAUUUAUUCCCUAGAGCACAAAGAACGCAUCGUUGGUAUCUUCAGAAAUUCAAAGAGGAUUAUCCGCGUGAGAGAAAGGCCGUGAUACCGUUUGUUUGGUGA